AUUGAAACUAAAUUUAAACCAUGUACUAACUUCACAACCUCUAGUAGGGAAACGGUCAAUGGCGUUGUAGAUACGUCGCUAUAAAUUUUACAACACACAUUAUUUACACUCAUUAUACCUGAGAUAUACAGUACAAAGUUUAUGUAAAUCAAAGAGUAGGAGCUACACACUGAAUAUAGAAACGUGUGGGUAUUACUGCAAAGCUGCGUGUUUAACUGUUGGGUGUCGUUUAAAAUUACACUCAAAAUAACGUUUGAUUUCAAACAAGUUAGACAGACCUAAAGGCGUAUAGAAUACGCUUAUAGAUUAAAGUGUAUAUACAUUGUAGUGAAAGUGAAAGUAGAGAAGCAGCAAUGGAUAAACUUCAGAAGUAUUCAGUAGAGGUUCACGACUUCAUGGCUACACACAGAGUGUCUGUGGCGGUUACUUUAACAACAGCUUGCGCCCUGUUUGCCUUGCGGCGCUACCUACAGGGCGGUGUGUGUCGCUCUACAGUGAAGCUCCACAACCGGACUGUUCUAAUUACUGGGGCCAACACGGGUAUAGGCAAGGAGACCGCUAGGGAUCUCGCUGGAAGGGGUGCGCGUGUGAUCCUGGCCUGCCGAGAUAUGAAUCGCGCGCAAGAAGCGGCAGACGACAUUAAACGCUCAACCGGAAACUCGAACGUUAUCGUAUACAAGCUGGACUUGGCUUCACUGGAAUCCGUCCGCGACUGUGCCACAGAGUUGCUUGAAAAGGAAGACCGGCUAGAUAUCCUUAUUAAUAAUGCAGGGAUCAUGAUGACGCCCUACUGGAAGACCAAAGACGGAUUUGAGAUGCAGCUGGGCACCAACCACCUGGGUCAUUUCCUGUUCACCAACCUGCUUUUAGACCUUGUGAAGAAGUCGGCGCCCAGUAGAAUCAUCAACGUCUCCUCACGGGCCCAUAUGCGUGGUUUACGUCGGAUAAACUUUGAUGAUCUGAAUAGCGAGAAAUUGUACAGCCCCAUGAAUGCAUACGCCCAGAGCAAGUUGGCUAAUAUCCUCUUCACGCGGGAGCUUGACAGACGACUGAAAGGUACCAGUGUUACUGCAGUCAGCUUACAUCCGGGCGUGGUGGCCACGGAGCUUACCCGCUACAUCGAAAUCCCUAUCUACUUCCGGUUGCCAGCGUACGUGCUCUACAAUGGGCUGAUCCAGCACCUGAUGAAGACGCCGACUGCUGGCGCUCAGACCACCCUGCACUGCGCGCUCGAACCGGAAGUGGAACAACAGUCUGGAAAAUACUUCAGUGACUGCGCGGUGCUCGAACCCACAACCUUUGCUCAGGAUGACGAAAUGGCCUCCAAGCUGUGGUCUGUUUCUGAGAAGAUGGUGGGGCUGACAAAAUAAAUGAGACCCCCUCUAUGUUUUGUAUUUAAAAAGUUUGCAUCGAUAUACCAUAUUUUUGUCGUUGAGUUCUGUGAUAUCCGGCGGUUGCUGAGUAAUCAAUAUUGUUGAACGGAAUCAAGGAAAUAGAGCGACGUUUUACAAUUUAGUUUUAAUAAAAUUUUCGUUACAACGAAGUCCAUUGUUAACUUUGUUCAUUAAUUUUGCUUCUAUGUUAACAGUUAUUGCCGCAAUGUUUUAGAUUCAAUAAAUAAACUUUGAACUUUUGUAUUGAA